AUGGGUUCAGAAACGUUUCUAGAAGUGAUAUUGGCAAUUAUCCUGCCACCUGUUGGGGUCUUCCUCCGCUACGGCUGUGGAGUGGAGUUCUGGAUUUGUUUGUUGCUGACACUGUUGGGAUAUAUUCCGGGAAUUAUAUAUGCAUUAUAUGUACUGGUCGGAUGA